AUUCAAUUUCAUUCAACAAAGUACAGCAAACAGAACUCUUAGCGAUAAUUUUUCGUAGUUAUCGUCUUUAUACCACUCUUCUACUUGUCCGUGACGUUGACGGUAUUAACUACGCUUAUUCAAGGUGUUCCAGUGUCGAACUUGCGGCGUCUGAUAUAACAGUCGAAUUGUAACAGCGCGUUUACUGAGCGAUUCAUCUCACAAUGAUUUUGGUCAUACCGAUUUUUGCAUGUUGUUUGCUAAACGUAGUUGUGGGGCAAACUGCAGGUGGUAAAGAUCUUGAUGAUAUAAUUGACACUGUCUUCAAGAAACCACCCACGGAGAGUAGAGGUCCAGAUUUAACCCCAAAAGACAAGGUCCCCGGGACGGGAAACUGUGAUUGCGUUCCCUAUUAUCUGUGCACACCUAAUGGUACCAUCAUCGAUGACGGGUUUGGAGUUAUCGAUAUACGAAUCGACGAUGGUCCGUGUGAUUAUUUAUCACAUUGCUGCGAGCCGAAAGACAGAUCUCCAGUCCCCAUAACCCCGAAACCAGACCUAGAAGCGAAAGGGUGUGGCAGGAGACACCCCAAAGGUGCGGGUUUUCGUAUUACUGGCGCAAAGGAUCAUGAGGCACAAUUCGGUGAAUUUCCAUGGAUGGUCGCAUUACUUCGCGAAGAAUCGAUUGAAGGAAAUCCCAAAAAACUGUUAAUUUAUCAAUGCGGAGCCUCUCUCAUUCAUCCUCAAGUAGUUUUAACUGCUGCGCAUUGCAUUCCCGAUAAAAAUAAGAUGUACAAAAUACGCGCGGGCGAAUGGGACACGCAAACUAAAAAUGAACUCCAUCCUCAUCAAGACCGAGACGUAAAAAAUAUUUUGAUACAUCCCCAUUACAAACCGGGCUCACUUUUUUACGAUUUUGCUCUUUUAAUCUUAGAUUCACCCGUAGAUCUUGCUGAAAACGUGGACGUCGUUUGUUUACCGGAUAAACACGAAAUACUCGAUAAUUUGAUGUGUUACGCGACUGGUUGGGGGAAAGAUGUUUUUGGCAAAGAGGGAAAAUAUCAAGUCAUUUUGAAAAAAAUUGACCUGCCGAUCGUGCAAAGGGAGACUUGUCAAGCAAAGCUUCGAAAAACUAGGUUGGGUGUCCAUUUUAAGUUAAACGAAUCAUUUAUUUGCGCUGGGGGACAACCCGGUAAAGACACAUGUAAGGGAGAUGGCGGUAGUCCUCUCGUUUGUCCAAUUCUCGGUAAAGAAAAUGAGAAUAAAUACUUUCAAGCCGGAAUUGUCGCCUGGGGAAUUGGUUGCGGUGAAGACUUGGUUCCGGGGGUGUACGCCAAUGUAGCAAAAUCAAUCGAAUGGAUAGACAACAUGAUGAUCGAUCAAGGUUUCGAUACUGCUGUGUAUAGAAAUUAAGUUUGUAAGAAUUUUUCAUAAUUAAUGACGCUUCAUAUUAAUGUAUGUCAAUAAACAAAAAAUCUUUAAACAUUU